AUGGCUUUCCCUGAUUUUCCAUUUCCCUCUGAGUGGAGCUCAUACUUGAGUCAUCAACAAGUUCUCAAAUACUUAGAAGAUUAUAUCAGUCAUUUUGACUUGUACAAAUACAUUCAGUUUAAUUCUAUCGUAAACAGUGUCUGUCCACUGAUAUGUGAAGACAGUCACCAGCCUCUGUGGGAAGUUGUUGUUACAGAUGCUGAUACAAAAGAAUCUCAAGUUUUAUUGUUUAAUGCUGUUAUUGUUUGCAAUGGAUAAGCUGCAUAAUUUUAAUGUAUCUACUUCUAGUCAGCAAUCUUAUAUCCUUGUUGUGCAGACACAUCCCCACCUUUUAAAAAAGAUUCUGUAAUUUAAUGUUUGUUUUUAUUUUAAGAGUAAAAGAAUACAGUGAAAUUUGGCUGUUUGUAUACCCCUCACUUCACUACCCCCCCCCCCCCCACCACCACCAUCACCACUUACUACAUGCAGACACCUGUAGACAAAUAAUAAUGGACAGUUUCAUAUGUCAGAACCAAAAGUUCAAAUUAAUGUUCUCUAAAAGUAACACACUUAAUGCAUACACCAGUUAAUUUGGACAGCAGACAUUUUCCUGUGUCCAGUCGCAGACUGCCAUAUAGCAUCAACUCUGCAUUACAGACACUUUUGAGCACUGUCUAUGACUGAAUAUCUUACUAGUGAAAACCUAUAACUGCAGCAAUGCCGAAUGACCUUUCAAAAGUUCUGUCAAAUACUCAGUCCACCUUAACCUGCAGUGGCGGAUCCAUAGGAGUGAACUGCCUCGGGCCUUCCCCUUAUUUUUAGACCAAACUGAGAUCUGAAGGCGCCCCCUUCCAGAGACCAGGCCCCCCCUUCCACCCCCUUAUCUCAGGGUCCAGGUGACCAGCCCCGCCCCCCUUCCAUCUGAAGGUCUGGAUUUGCCACUGACCUGUCCAUGCUAAAUAAAGUCAUGGAUUCCAUUGUCGUGUUUCAGUUAAGAGCUGUACUUAAAAGGUAAUUUUAGUUUGAGACUCACUGACUGAAGUUCCUUAAGUUACAGUUGGACAAACCCAAUGUUUUUGUGUAAAAAAUGUCUGCUCUAGUCUUUAUAUAUAACAUGUAUUUCUGCCUUUUUUUCUGACAUUCUGCUUAAUCUGGACACUGGAUAAUACGGACACUAUGGCCUCUUCCCUUCCCUUUCUGUCCGUAUUAUCAGGGCCGUAGCUAGGUUUAUUGUAACGGGUGGGGUAAGGUGGUGGUAAGGGGGGGGGUGCAUUAUCCCCAGUGCUGAAUGAAGGCGAGUGCAUUGUAGGUGGGUCUGGGGGUAUCCUCCCCCAGGAAGAUUUUCAAAUUUGGAGGCUCCUAAUCGCUAUUUUCAGCACUUGUCAUGAGAUAUGUCUGCGAAAAAUCGACCUUCAAUAUGAAAAUGGCAAACAAUUGCAAGUCACUAUAAUCAAAAUAACUGAGUCUAAAGAAAACAAAUCCAUCCACAGACUUAGUUUGUCUGGCUCAAUAGGUCCAGGGAGGGCAGCUGCCCUCCUUCCCCCCCCCCCCCCCCCCCACCCUAGCUAUGGCUCUGAUUAUAGCCUGAAUUUCACCGAAUUUCAUCCGAUUACUUCGAGUCGUUUUCACCUCUCAGCAACGAAGUUAGACUUUCAAAAAAGUCCUUCGUCGGAUUUCAAAUGGCGACUUCGUCGCUCGCGGUCGGCCGCUUUGCGGCCAAAAAAGGCUCGCUCCGCUCGCCAAGACGUCGACUUGUAGCAAGUCUACAACGACGUUACUAAGGGAGUAAUAACGACUGGAAGUAAUCGGAUGAAAUUCAGGCUAGCUUUUAUCAAAAAUACUUAAAAUUUCAUUUUAAUCAUUUUGUCUACAGACAUUAUUCUAUUCCUCGUUUGCCAGCAAUUCCUGGUCUGGAGUCUUUCCCUGGAGUUGUUAUGCACAGUCAUGAUUAUCGACAUCCUGAAGUAUUUACAGGAAAACAUCUGGUUAUUUUGGGUGCUGGGCCUUCUGGUGUAGAUAUUUGUCUCAACGUAGCAAACUGCGCAGAAAAAGUUUACCUCAGCCAUAAAAGAAGACUUUGCUCUAAACUUCCAGAAAAUGUGGAACAACAAAUGCCGAUAAUGUCUGUUUGCGCGGAUGGAACAGUCCUGUUUGAGGAUGGACAAGAGAGGAAAGUUGACUGCAUCUUAUUGUGCACUGGUUACAUUUUUUCUUUUCCAUUCCUGCAUGAUGACUGUAGUAUUCAGGUCAGGAACAAUCGGGUGACUCAUUUAUACAAACACAUUUUUAAUACAAAACACCCAACACUGUCUUUCAUCGGAGUGUGCUCCCUUUUCUGUGGAUUUCCACGUUUUAGUCUUCAAGCUCAAUACAUUGCAUCAGUGUUAAGUGGACGAAAGAGCUUGCCAUCUGAAGAUCAGAUGAAUACUGAUGAAGAACAAGAUUUUCAGGAGAGACUCUCUCUUGGUAUGCCUGAACACCAUGCUCAUGGUUUUGGAACAAGGGGAGAUUAUAACGGUGUCAUUGCACAGCUGGCUGGAGUUGAUCGACUGAGUCCACUUUACGACAACCUUUUUAAAUACGUGCUUGAGAAAAAGAAGUAUCACCUGAUGGAUUACACGAAAGACAAUUAUAAGGUUAAUGCUGACGGAACAUGGACAAGUCAACUGUUUUAGGUCCUGGGGGCGGGGCUAUUCAAUAAAGUUUUUUAUAGGGAGGCUCCGACCCGAGGUCCAACCCUUUAGCGUUUUAUAUACCAUUUUUGACAGAAAUGGUGCCCUUUCUAUUGACAAAAUCGUGCCCUGUUCACAUACGGUGGAACCUCGAAUUAACAAACCUCUAUAUAACGAAGGCCUCGCUAUGAUGAACGAUUUUCUUCAGCCCGGCCAAAAUUACAGUAAAAUGUAUGGAACAGAACCUCGAUUUAAUGAAAUCCUCAUUAUAAGGAAUACAAUCCACAAGCGCAAACGUAACAUUUACCUCGAUAUAACGAAUAAAUGUCAGCAUGUGAUAGAAGAUGAAUACCAAAUUAAACAGACCAACAAUGAUAAAAUUUAUGUGUACCGUAGUUUGAAGGUGGCUCGAUGCAGUUUUUCAGGGUCAAUACCUCCCAAGUUUGAGCAUAAACUACGUCGCCAUAGACAAACAUUUGGAAAAAUUGCCACCACAGUUGUAUUAAAUAAAGAUGAUAAUUUGUUAUGAUCAGGGUUGCAAUGACAUCGGAGUUGUCGUAGCAACGAAAUGACGCUGUUACCUAUUUUACUCACAGUAGUAUACCUUGGCAAUGGGAACUGUUCUUCCAAACUCGUUUACGAUAGCUUUUUCCUCGAAUAGCCGUCUCUAUGUUCGUGAAGUUUAAGCGAAAUCUGUAAGAGCGUUAUAUUGUUCGUAUGGUUAGAAAUACGGUAAAAAAUGGACAAUCUUGAUGUUCGGCUUUUUUCUGUAGAAAACGAAGCGCUUUUGACAUGCAAUUUCGCCUCAUAGUAGGUUCAAUCUUUUUAAAAACGUGUGUGAAAGAUCAUGGAGAUAGCUCCAGCCGAUUGCUAGAAAGAAGGAUUUGAUUAGUAUGUAUCCAGGCACUCUUGUUAGCGGUUUGUAAACAUUUUGGUCUACUUUAGCAAAUUAGCAAAUAAUUUUUAAACCGCUUGAUAGAUUUUUUAAAAAAUUUAAGAUUCUUGAGAUUAACCUUCCUUUUAUAUGACCUCUUAGUUUCAAGAUUAUUGAUAGAUUGUAAGGCAGUAAAAUAAGGGCUACAAUUCGCUAAUAUUUUGUCGGAAAUUUUGUGUUUACAAGGGAGAGCCUCUCAUUAUUCAAAGUAUUGCCUCCAAGUUUCAUGUUUUCGUGCACAACAAUAGCUAGCAUUAUUGAAUAUUUUAAAUGCUUUGUUAGUUACUGCUGUUCACGUAAAAAUGAAACUUGGAGACAAUACCUUGAAUAAUUAGAGGGCUUUCACUUGUAAUGAUGAAACUUCCGACAAAAAAUUACGAAUGCGUUUCGGGUCAUGAAUCGGGUCAUGUGUUCCAAGCGAGAUUAUGAGUUCAUUUCAGAUACGUCACCGAAAUGCAUUGAUCGAGAAGGCCUGGGAAGCCAAGCUGUCGGCAGCUCAGACGAACAGAAACAAUGUUGAAAUCAGACCAGCCAUUCUUCCUUAUUUUUCCUUUAGCUUUUCUUCUUUCUCUAACCCUUAUUCUCACCCUCACCCCUAGUCUUACCCUUAUCUUUACCCCCACUCUCACCCUUGAUCUUGGCCCUUCAUAGCCUAAGAAAACAGCUGACCUUGUAGCCUGUGUAGCAAGCGUUUCCUGGUUUCGGAGCAAAGGAAGACCGAAGAACGAGAUUUCCGGUUUUGGCCGCGCGAAAAAUGGAACGAGAGCGAAAAAAUGAAGGAGGGGAAGGGAAGGAAGCAAAAGCUGUUUCCUUCCUUUCUUCCUCACCGGUCCCCGCCCUGUUAGUGGCGCCAUUUUUCACGCGGUUUUUGACUCUAGUUCCUCGUUCUUUGCUCCGAAACUUCAAGGAAACGUUGAAGCUCAGCGACCUCUUGCUCGAGCGGGGAAAAACAAGAGAACAAAAAUGAAUAUUCACACAUAAGGUACAUAAAGUGUUAGAUUGUACAUCAAGGUUCCGUUUAUAUGGAGGAAAGUUCUCUUAUUUGUUUAUUUACAAAAGUAUUUAUUUAGCUUCACCUAACUAGAAUACAAUCUUUAUACAUGAAUACAUAAAUAUUAUUAGGCGCGCUGCAAGUUUUCAACGCUCUUUAGGAAGCCAAUGGACUGUGGCGACCAUUCCUGGGUUGCGUAGCCGGACGAUAGAGAGAUAAAGUGUACGACGUGUUUGGGUGCUUUGGAUGUACCUAGAAGCUCGGCGCACAAAGCCGAGGAGUUUGUUGGCUUUCGCACGCUGUUCAGUCACUUAUUUCUCCGAAGUAAGAUUGCUUGACACCCACACACCGGGCGGAAAGGUCACCCGCCUACCCGGGCUACUCUGGGCGAGUCAACCUUUCUUACAUUUCCUUAAGAAACCUGACGAGCCGUUCACGUGAGAAACAAAAAGUUGGGCUAGGCGGGUCACCCUGUUGUGAUGGUAGCGUCAUUAGCCUCCUAGGUCUCCUAGCCGGGCCAACUUUUCGCCAUACCCUUGCUCGCCAGCGCCUCAGCCGGGUCAACUUAGUCAAGGCGAGACUGAAAAUAAGAGCAGGGCAUAAGGACAGAUACCCUGGGUGCCAGAGGUUAUUUCUGUUGACGUAGAAGGUAAAAAGUUUUCGAAAAGACGGCGACACGAUGUUCUACUAGUUUUAUUAUUUUGGCUAGGCGCUCGAAUUUAAAAUACUGAAAUUUCUAUUUUUCCGUUGUUUUUUCAGUACAUAAAUCUUUAAAAACAAAAGCAAACAGCGAACGAACGAGGACACAAGUUUUCCUGGUUUAUUUUUUACAAAAAGCGAAGGCAAACAACCAGUCUGUUAACACUGAAAAUUCCUUGAACAGUGAUGCGAUAUUUUUCGUCUAAUACUUCACAGUUGGCGAUUGAGGUUUCUUUCGCAGUGGGCCUCCGUUUGCGUACCCCGUUCAGAGAAGUCAUUUCCGGCUAAACUUUCAAAUGAAACCAGUUUUAAGAUGGACAGUAUUUUGAUUUGCAUCCGUUUGUUGGUAAAUCAGAAGGCACCUUGUUAGCGGUCAACAACUUGCAGAGGGAUUCAACUCCGCCCCGAUACACUCACUUUCCCUAAAUAAAGCAAAUCCUGAGAAGAUAUGAACAACCAUAUGAAUUUUCUGAAUUUCCAUGGCACAUAUUAAGGCCAAGAGCCAUAAUAAUCCUAUUAUGGCUCUUGUUAAGGCAUAUUUUCCUACCAUAAGACCAUAAAACAAUAAAAAAGAGAGCAAAAUCGAUCCUUCGAUUCUCUCUGCCGACGACGGAUCAUCCACGAAAACAACCACGCGAGGAAUAAGCGCUUUCAACUUCCGGCGUUUCCGACAGCCAAUCACAUCUUGUGGCAUUGUUCUAACAGCCAAUCAGCGUUACGGCCAAAAUCUGGCCAUAACGAGUACAGACGUGAAUGAGUUUGGAUCACGCCCAAUUUUAGCGUUAGCCGUUAGAGAGAAUGUAUGAGAACCGCUCAAAUUGGGCGUGAUCUCAGGUUAAGUCGACCGUCCAACGUCGACCACAGGGCAACUAGGGCGACGAAGCUCCUUGUCACACGCGAGAAGAAACCUCCGGUGUCCAGGGUAAAGGAAACGCUCGUUCAGUUGUGAUGAGGAGGCGGACUGGAACUAGUUCGAUCCGCUGUCAGGGUAGGCUCGAUUUCCGCCGUCUCCCGGGUCCGGUCUUGAUCCUCUCCUCUCCUUCGGGGGGAUGAGUGCGGGCUCAUUUUCCCGAACAGCGGCUGGUAAUCGAGCCUACUGUCAGGGCAAGAAAAAUGGCGCUGUGUAGCUAUAGAUCGUUUUAUCUGUCACGCAACAAAAAAUUAAAUUGGAAACCGUCCAGUGGAAGAAACCAAGAAAAUUAAGUGUUAUAAAAGGCUAAUACAUAAACAAUUUGUUCAAGUCUCAGAUCUUUGUGGCCCAUGGUUUCUGAGUAUUUGGCGAAACGUUUCACGCACCUUUGAAGACAUUUGUAUGGAGACGCCAUAUUGGUGCACCGUCAAUAUGGCCGCCGGAAAUCAAAAAAAACAUCUGGGCCGAGUUGUUGAAAGCCGGGUUAUGAUAACCCAGGGUUAGUGCGAGAUUUGAAUUCAGAUUUGAAAGCUUAAAAAGGCAUUUCAGUCUUAAUUCUUUUUGUCUACAAGUUGAUGAUUGGAAGCUCUAAAAAUAACAGACAAAAUUAUCCGAGAAAAUGAAACCGGGGUUAAAUUUAACCCGGGGUAAGCGCUAAUCGUCCUUCGAACAACUAGACCGAGGAGUUUACUUUUCCUAUAAAGCUCUUUCUUUUCACUCGAGAACUAGCGUACGUAAGCAUAAACAUAUCUUCUAAUACUUGAAGUGGUUAUAUUGCUGAAAAUCAAGCUUAAGAGGAGAGACUUUUUCAACGAGACAGCAUUCCUAUUUUGGUGUCACGCACUGUGAAAACUCGGAAGUUCAAAUUGCUGUAUUUUCGAAAUGAAACAUGCUACGGAAAUGGAAAAUUGUACAACGAUUUACUUUUUGUUUAUCUUCAACCUAGAGUAAAUAAGAAUUCGUAAAGCCUCGCUAUUUUGACUUUACAAUUUGAUGACGUCACAGUGAAAACCAUCUAUAGCUGGAGGUUGGUCGCAUUAGCCUGCUUAGCGAGCGUUCCCCUUUGGUAUCGGGUAGGCUUUUGUACAUUAUGCUAGCAUUUUUUCGAGCAUUUUAGUGAGGCAAAAGCAUUGAGCAUUAUUCGAGCAUUAUUCGAGCAUUUUAGUGGCAUUUUCCCCGGAAAAUUAAUUUUUCCGAGAAAAUAAAAUAGAAAUUAACUUUUUUCAGGAGCCCAUGCCCCAUGAGCUCCUGCUUCUUUAAACAAAAUGAAGACUAGAAUUCAAAUUCACAAAAAACCUAAUACAGCUGAUUUUUUUGGCUGUAUUUAUGAACUUGUACACGUUGUCGUUGUUACUUGCAACACUUGCACGUUUUUGUAAGUGUAAACUUUGAAAUUAAUUAAAAAAACCGUUUGUAUAAUGAGCAUUAUCCGAGCAUUUUAGUGACUAUUUUGGGGAGACCGAGCAUUUCAGUGGGAAAAAUGGAGCAUGAAGGUGGAGCAUUUUAGUAGGGAAGCAAAAGCAUGAUGUACAAAAGCCUAGUUUCGGGGCACAGAAAGACCGAGGGACGCGAUUUUCGGUUUGGGCCGCGCGAGAAAUGAAACGAGGGCCAAAAAUGAAUGUGGCGGGGUGGGGGUGGGGAAGAAAGGAAGUUUUUACCUGUUUUUCCUUCAGUUUAUUGUCUUUCUUCAACACCCUAUCCCUACCCAUUUUCCUUUCCCCGCUGUUUCACUCGCGCCAUUUUUCGCCCGGUCUAUGACUCUCGUUCGCGUUUCUAGCUCGUUCGCUUGCAGCGAAUGAUCAGGGAAUAAUGUCCAACGUCCCAACGUCCGCUGGAUAAUCUCUUUGGUCCACUAAUAUGUCCCGAACUAAUGUCUGCCAUCUUGUUUUGUCUCUUUGGUGGUGCCCAGACCUUCUCCGUAAUCCCCUUUCGAUUGUUUCCGGCGUCGCUGAGGUUCAACGUCAGCUGUUUUCUCAGGCUGUAAAAGGGACAACUUUUCUCCAUCAACAGGGCCUAAGAGAUGCCCCAGCUUCGAGUGUGUGUGAUUGGAGCCGGGGCUGCAGGACUUGCGGCCGCUAGACACCUCACAAGUGAGCUCGAUGUGUUUGAUGUGCGUGUGUUCGAGAAAGCCUCUCGUGUCGGCGGAACAUGGGUGUACAGCGAAAAUACAGGAAUUGACGAACGCGGAAUUCCUGUUCACUCCAGCCUUUACAGAAAUCUCAGGUAUAGCGUGUCAUUUCUGCUGAUAGACACUAAGUGUUCAGUUUUCUGGUACCAUCAGGGGCACCCAACGUCAAUUUUUGGAAAAUAUCUGUUCGGAAGACGAUUUGAGAUCUAGAAUUUUCGAAACAUUUGUUGUAAAAUUUCUUGCUUGCCUGUCUCUCCUGGGAUUUUCGAACAUCUAAAAAAUGGUCUAAUUUCCCAUUUUUAACGGAUUUUUACCCUAAAAAGGUCACCUAGAAUUUUCAGGAGCCUUUUUUCUGUCUGAAAUUUUCGAAAAGGUAAGUUUUGAUCCCUAUAAUUUUCGGAUCACUAGACUUCCAGCUAGGAAAUCCGAAAGGAUGAAAAAUCUUUUAGGGGAUAAAAAUAUGCCUGUAUCUAACGUUUAAAUACUAAAAUACGUUCAACAAUGCUAUGUUUAAGUGGUUUUGAACUAUAUUCUCGUUGGGUUCCCCUGUAGAGUCCCUGUACAAUGACCCGGUUCCUCCAUCGCACUCUAUUACGUAACAGUUUUUUGAAAGCACGCUGCGUCGAAGCGGGUCUGGCGUAUGGACCUUGGCAAUCCUAUAGACCUCUUUAGCUUGUAUGUUUUAUUUUCCCAAUGGAGGUAAGGUGAUAAUACUCUAGACAACUGUUUCUUGCAAAUUUCAUCUUAUUCACUUGCUUUAUGAAAAGACAAAGGGUCAAAUUCCCUUGGGUCCUUCAUUGGGAAAAUGUUUAACAAGCUAAAGAGGUCUAUUUAUGCCUGUGAAUAAUAUUUGUGGGUUUGCCUGUAUAAAGUCAAUUCUGCUUCGCAAUAGUGUGCUCAGUCUUCUCGGUGUUUUGUACACAUUUUCUUUGCUCAACUGUGCAUUGGUUUUGCCUUCAUUAUUGCUACAGCCUUCUUUCAUGGCUGACCAGUUUUGGUGAACUGCCUUAUUAUUCAGCAUUUACAAGAUGUGUUUAGCAGUCCCGUUGAUCUUCUUUCACUUCUGUCUCACUAUACUCCAACUCUUCUGAUUCAUCCAAAUCAUUUAGGACCAGGUUCUUCUGAAUCUAACCCUUUAUCAUCUAUAAUAUCAUCACCAUCAUUGUCAUCAUCCUUGUCUGCAUGGUUUAUCCAGGCAUUAAUUCUUUGUUUGUAACUGACACAAGUGACAGCAUUUGUUAAGUUUGCCUGAGUUGCUUAUAGUGCAACUACCGGUACUCAAACCUUAACUGGGGCAUGGCGCACUUGAAACAAGAUUAUCCAAGCAAAACGUUUUUUGAAAACAAAAGAUUCUCAAGAUUAUUCUCGGACCAAAGCAUUCAUAAAUUUGAGUGCUGUUUCCUGAGAGUUGAGGUAAGUUCGAACAGUUUUUGAGUUUUCAAUGGUUGCAUAGUUGAAUCUUGAAUUUUAUUGGUCUGUUUGCAAAAAAAAAAAACUUGAGAAUUUUUUGUUUUCAAAAAUUGUUGUGAUUGGAUAAUCUUUUUUCGAGUACUCCGUUUCCAUGAGUGGUCGCACUGUAAAGAAUUGUUUGUAAUGAUAAACAAUAUUCCUUAAAUUGCAAUUACAAUAUUGCUGUGAUGGUCAGAUCUUCAUUUAGAGUUGUAUUCCCACACAGGUUCAUCUUCUUUCUGUAGCUGUUGCUUUUUACUGACUAAGUCAGACUUCAGUGUACACUUUGGGAUGAUCCAGGUCAGGAUCUGUGAUCCUAGAUCACUCAGAUAAUGAUAGAUAAACUGAACCGAUGAAUCCUUGUCCAGAGUGGAUUCAUCGGUUCAUUUGAUCUACCACGAUCCGAGUGAUCUCUGAUCCUGAUGCGGAUCAUUCCAAAGGAAUGCACCCUUUGAUCCUCAGAACAGAACAAGAUGUUGCUUUCUUUGUUGUCCCUAUUGUUUGAGCCCAUUUUUUGCUCCAGUUGUGUUUCGUGUCCAAGUGCCCUGUGACUAUCUUAAGGAAGUCUCGACAUCUCAAAUAGUAUAAUUUGUGCAAGAUGGUGCACUGCAAAUUUGUUGCAGCUAUUAUAACUCAGUGUAUUAUAUUGCUAGCCUGGUGGUGUUGACAUUCAAAAACAGAGGUCUUCUGAUCAUGAUGGGAGAUAGUUUUAAUUCUUGUCAUGGUCUUUAAACAUGAAAUAUCAAAAUUUCAUAUAGUUAUCAUUGUGUUUUCUCUGAAUUUUAAAAACUGUUCUCAGAUUAAUUUAUCAAUUAUUUAUGAUGAUAAAUAAUUAUUAUUCAUCAUCAUAAAAUUGUUGAUGAUCAAUAUUAUUGUAAUAUUAAUUUAUAAUUCCCCUGACCACCUGAAAACAUGUUAAUAAAUUUCACUGACAGUAUUUCCAAUUUUGAUCUUCUUUUCAGAACCAAUCUGCCCAAAGAAAUUAUGGCUUUCCCUGAUUUUCCAUUUUCCUCUGAGUGGAGCUCAUUCUUGAGUCAUCAACAAGUUCUCAGAUACUUAGAAGAUUAUACCAGUCAUUUUGACUUGUACAAAUACAUUCAGUUUAAUUCUAUCGUAAACAGUGUCUGUCCACUGAUAGGUAAAGACAGUCAGCAGCAACUGUGGGAAGUUGUUGUUACAGAUGCUGAUACAAAAGAAUCUCAAGUUUUAUUGUUUAAUGCUGUUAUUGUUUGCAAUGGGUAAGUUGCAUAAUUUUAAUGUAUUUCUUCUAGUCAGCAAUCCUAUAUCCUUGUUUUGCAGACACAUCCCCACUUUUUAAAAAAGAUUCUGUAAUUUAAUGUUUGUUUUUAUUUUAAGAGUAAAAGAAUACAGUGAAACUUGGCUGUUUGUAUACCCCUCACUUCACUACCCCCCCCCCACCACCACCACCACCACCACUUACUACAUGCAGACACCUGUAUACAAAUAAUAAUGGACAGUUUCAUAUGUCAGAACCAAAAGCUCAAAUUAAUGUUCUCUAAAAGUAACACACUUAAUGCAUACACCAGUUAAUUUGGACAGCAGACAUUUUCCUGUGUCCAGUCACAGACUGCCAUAUAGCAUCAACUCUGCAUUACAGACACUUUUGAUCACUGUCUAUGACUGAAUAUCUUACUAGUGAAAACCUAUAACUGCAAUGCCGAAUGACCUUUCAAAAGUUCUGUCAAAUACUCAGUCCACCUUAACCUGCAGUGGCUGAUCCAGAGGAGUGCCUUGGGCCUUUCCCUUAUUUUUAGACCAAACUGAGAUCUGAAGGCGCCCCCUUCCAGAGACCAGGCCCCCCCUUCCACCCCCUUAUCUCAGGGUCCAGGUGACUGCCCCCCCUUCCAUCUGAAGGUCUGGAUCUGCCACUGACCUGUCCAUGCUAAAUAAAGUCAUGGAUUCCAUUGUCGUGUUUCAAUUAAGAGCUGUACUUAAAAGGUAAUUUUAGUUUGAGACUCACUGACUGAACUUCCUUAAGUCACAGUUGAACAAACCCAAUGUUUUUGUGUAAAAAAUGUCUGCUCUAGUCUUUAUAUAUAACAUGUAUUUCUGCCUUUUUUCUGACAGCCUGCUUAAUCUGGACACUGGAUAAUACGGACACUAUGGCCUCUUCCCUUCCCUUUCUGUCCGUAUUAUCAGGGUCGUAGCUAGGUUUAUUGUAACGGGUGGGGGGAGGUGGGGGGUGCAUUAUCCCGAGUGCUGAACGAAGGCAAGUGCAUUGUAGGUGGGUCUGGGGGUAUCCUCCCCCAGAAGAUUUUCAAAUUUGGAGGCUCCUAAACGCUAUUUUCAGCACUUGUCAUGAGAUAUGUCUCCGAAAAAUCGACCUUCAAUAUGAAAAUGGCAAACAAUUGCAAGUCACCAUAAUCAAAAUAUCUGAGUCUAAAGAAAACAAAUCCAUCCACAGACUUGAUUUGUCUGGCUCAAUAGGUCCAGGGAGGGCAGCUGCCCUCCUUCCCCCCCACCCUAGCUAUGGCUCUGAUUAUAGCCUGAAUUUCACCGAAUUUCAUCCGAUUGCUUCGAGUCGUUUUCACCUCUCAGCAACGACGUUUGACUUUCAAAAAAGUCCUUCGUCGGAUUUCAUAUGGCAACUUCGUCGCUCUCGGUAGGCCGCUUUGCGUCCAAAAAAGGCUUGCUCCGCUCUCACCACUCGCCAAGAGGUCGACUUGUAGCAAGUCUGCAACGACGUUACUAAGGGAGUAAUAACGACAGGAAGUAAUCGGAUGAAAUUCAGGCUAGCUUUUAUCAAAAAUACUUAAAAUUUCAUUUUAAUCAUUUUGUCUACAGACAUUAUUCUAUUCCUCGUUUGCCAGCAAUUUCUGGUCUGGUGUCUUUCCCUGGAGUUGUUAUGCACAGUCAUGAUUAUCGACAUCCUGAAGUAUUUACAGGAAAACAUCUGGUUAUUUUGGGUGCUGGGCCUUCUGGUGUAGAUAUUUGUCUCAACGUAGCAAACUGCGCAGAAAAAGUUUACCUCAGCCAUAAAAGAAGACUUUGCUCUAAACUUCCAGAAAAUGUGGAACAACAAAUGCCGAUAAUGUCUGUUUGCGCGGAUGGAACAGUCCUGUUUGAGGAUGGACAAGAGAGGAAAGUUGACUGCAUCUUAUUGUGCACUGGUUACAUUUUUUCGUUUCCAUUCCUGCAUGAUGACUGUAGUAUUCAGGUCAGGAACAAUCGGGUGACUCAUUUAUACAAACACAUUUUUAAUACAAAAUACCCAACGCUGUCUUUCAUCGGAGUGUGUUCCUUUUUCUGCUUAUUUUCACGUUUUAGUGUUCAAGCUCAGUACAUUGCAUCAAUGUUAAGUGGACGAAAGAGCUUGCCAUCUGAAGAGCAGAUGAAUGCUGAUGAAGAAAAAGAUUUUCAGGAGACACUCUUUCUUGGUAUGCCUGAACACUAUGCUCAUGGUUUUGGAACAAGGGGAGAUUAUAACGGUGUCAUUGCACAGCUGGCUGGAGUUGAUCGACUGAGUCCACUUUACGAAAACCUUUAUAAAUACGUGAUUGAGAAAAGGAAGUAUCACGUGAUGGAUUACACGAAAGACAAUUAUAAGGUUAAUGCUGACGGAACAUGGACAAGUCAAUUGUUUUAG